AUGGAUUAUCUUUACCAGGUAAAAGCACAAGUGACCUUGUUGAAUUUUCAGAAUGUCAAGGAACUACCUCGACCAAGCGAGCAGGUACCCCAAAUCACAUUUUUCAUGGGCCGACGGCGCAAGGACGAGGCUCUGCGACAAUUUUGCAAGAGUAACUACCGAAAUAGCCAACGCCACCAGCGCUCAAUCAACCUGCGCUCAGAUAACCGCUCACUCCAAGCGGCACAGCCGCGGUUCUUUGCUGACUGUGAUCCCACAAGUCGAUCAAUGCCAUCCUCAUUCGUCACUCCUAGAAUUUGCCACCCCGAUAAUCGCAUACCGGUAGACUGGCCAGCCACAGACUUUUCCCCUCACGACCUCGUCCUCUCGCGAGUUCUAUUUGCUUUUGUUGAUCUUAUCUGUAUAUUUGCCGAUGACAUCGGAGGUCUCACGGCUGUGCAAAGCCUGCUACGAUUAUGGGACAGGAUUGGGUUAGGAUCUAAUUCACCUCGGGCGGUUAGCCCACGCGUCCUGAUUGUUCUUGAAGGCGACGCCAGCAGCAUCACACAUACUCUUCUUGACGAGAGUGACUUUUUUCUGGACCUCGGUGAUCUUCCCGCUUUUUCGGACAUUCAAAUUAGCCGACUCUCAUCGGAAGAAUUGUCUUCCGAUGCUCGCCACAUCCCACUUGCAAGGGAUGUUUCCCGUUGUCUCAGAGAUGCUCGCCAAGCGCGAGAGCAUCAUUGCAUGAAUUUUUCUGCUUAUCAUUUAAGCGCUCUUUUUGAUAGCAAACUUAGACAGACGACCUCUAUAUUGGUGAGGCCUUACAAUUAUCUCACAGCUGCAAGGGAACAGAAUCCGUUGGAUGGAGCCUUUACGGCUCAUUUGACCGCAUUCCUCACAGUAGGAGGUAAAUCCCGAAUUCCUUAUGACGGGCUUGCCUCCUAUAUCGCCUCGGCCAUUUUAAUGGAUGCUUACCCACCUGGCAUGCAUCACUUCUGUCCCAAAACAGUUUUUCGUGGUUUGUACCGUGACGCGUGUUAUACAGCAUUGCGCCACGUUUAUAGCACUGAUGAUUUGGCACAAUUACAAUGCAGCCGUAUCGAAUAUCAUCUCCAGGCUUUUUUCAAUGUUAUGAAAUAUGAAGAUAGAACAUCCUCACAAAUCCACCGCCAGCAUCUACAGAGCCUCGAAGGAUACUGGCUCUCUAUCAUGUCUAAUGAGACAUGUCUCCUGUGCAUUCGGCGAUCUCCAGAGCAUGUCAUGUCAUGUGGCCACUCUAUAUGCGAUACCUGUACCGAAAUCUAUGGAGAAAAAGUCCCACACAUAGAUCAUGCCUUCACCAUUCAAAAUUGUCUUUAUUGUCGGAAAGCACGUUCUCUUAUGAUCAAGUUGAAACCUCCAACAGCAGCGGCUAGAGUCUUGAGCAUUGAUGGGGGCGGUCCGCGAGGCAUUAUACCUCUUGAAUGCCUCCAGAUGUUUCAAGACGCCUUAGGCGAAGACCUUGUACUGCAGGACAUGAUUGACUUUGCCACAGGUACCAGCUCUGGUGGCUUAAUAGUCCUUAGCGCUUUCAUGCUCAAGCUGGAUAUCGCAAGCUGCAAAAUUGCCUUCAAAAACAUGCUUAAACGAUUCUUUCAGAGCCGUCGGAAGCGUUUACUCAAUUUUUUUAUGUCAGAUGCAACAUACAGUACAGAUCUCUUAGAUGAUCUUUUUCGCGAGCAUUUCGGCUCAGGAAAGAUGUUCGAUUCACCAAAAUCAACAAUAUCUGCUACUAAGGUAGCAAUUACAGCGUGUUCUAUUGACGACGCUAGUCCUUUUAUAUUCACUAAUUACAACGGCAUGGUUUCUCACAAGAUGCAAUCCGCAUACAGUCGCCUCCGCCCAAGUGUGAGGGAUGAGCCGUUCUUGUGGCAGGUUUACAUGUCUACAAUUGACAUCCCGGGUGUGGGUACUUUUCAAGACGGUGGGAUGAGGAGACACAAUAAUCCCACGCAGCUAGCGUUCGCAGAAUCAAAACGUAUAUGGCCAACUUUCUCUCAACCUGACAUCGUGAUAUCUCUCGGAACUGGUUCCGAAACACUGCAUUCCUCCUCGGCGGCAUCUCACUUCCGCAAUAUUUUCGCUGAUGGCUGGAUGCCACGUAUUUAUCGCUCCUUCAUAAGCUCGUUUGAUGGAAAACACGCAUCAAGGGAAUUGCUGGCUCUAGGCCAAGAGCACUUUCGAUUUGACACUACUUUUCCAGGUUCCGCCCCUUCCAUGACGGAUACCAAAAGCAUGGCAGAACUAGAGAGCUGGGCUCGAAUUCAACCUACUUUCUCCUAUGACACAGAGGCAGCUACCUUAGUUCUAUUGGCCACGUCGUUCUAUUUCACUUUAAAGGCUGCGCCUGAAUUUCGAACGGGGCUCUACUACUGUACCGGUUACAUUCGUUGCCGUGCUCCAGCCCAAGCUUUGAUCAGUCGCAUUUAUUCGAAGGACACUACUGAAUCAAUAUUUUACAAAGACGACAUAAACCUUGGUCUUGGUCUAUCACCACGAGAUAUUUGCCUAGUUUGUCAGUGUUACUCGUGUCCUGUAUACUUUUAUGCCCGUAAUUUGGACGAGGUAUUCACAAUCUCCCUCCGCCAAGGCAAGAAGAAGCAUAGAAUAAGUGCUUUCCCCAAGUCUAUACAAUGGUUUGUGGAUCAACAAGGAUUGGAUCAUCAUUUUGGUGCCACUAACCACGAUAUACCCUCCGGAAUACAUUGUGAUGGUUGCGAAGCAGGUAAACAGAAGGGUGGUAAGAAGAGGAAGUACAUGGAUAUCCAGGAAGAUCCCUAA